AAAUCAACAUGGUCACUAUGGACUUCAUUUUUGGUUAAAUACAGAAAAAAACAAUAAUUCAUCUACACGAAGAUUUCCAAAUGCACCUGCAGAUAUGUUUUAUGCAGCUGGUUUUGAUGGACAACGUGUAUUUAUUAUUCCAUCGAAGAAAUUAGUGGUCGUUCGUUUAGGUUUAGCAAGAACACCAAAAGAAGAAUUUGGUGCAAAUGAAUUUUUAAAAAAUGUUGUUAACUCAAUUGAUUCAUAA